GCUGCGGGAGCACCGCUUCCUGACGGGCCCCGGGGAGAAGAAGGAGUACAGCGUCUUCUGGCCGAUCAUCCCGGUGCCGAGGAGGGAGCGCCGCCCGGGACCCGCAAGGCUGGCAGCCGCUGCCCAGUCAGGCAAACUAACAUGAGGAGCAGUCGGACAUUUUGUCCAACCUGUGAAGUCUGAGGAAGACUUGAACUGCCGCCAUGAAGGUUAAACUCUCAACUACUGAUCCUGCAAAAGACAGCGCCGCACCCCGAGUUGCUGUACUUCACCUAUUUUAAUGCUGGCGUGAAAAGGCGCUGCAGACACGGAUCCUUCUUCACGGGGUGAAAGGACGUGGGGUCAAACUUUUAAAAGGAAACUUAAAAGAGUGAAAAGGAGUUUUGCUGUUGAACACUGUGCUGAACAGAGAUCUUUGCAACUGGAAGCUUCGCAUCGACCUGAGCAGCCUCUCUCCUGCCCCCUCACUGGCUCCCAGGUCUUUGUUUUGUGGAGACAGAAUGGACAGAUUCCUGGUGAAGGGGGCUCUUGGGGGCCCUUUGGGAAAAGAGGAGCAAGAGCAGAGGGCAGAAGGCCCAGGUGAGUUGGCAGGCCGCGAAGAGUGUGGCAGGAAGAGGCUCAGGAGAGAAGCCCCUGGGAGUGGAGCUGACGGGGCAGCGCCCAGCUGGCGGCACAUUCGAGCCCAGGGUCUGGACUGUGACUAUACUGUCCUGUUUGGCAAAACCCAAGCCGAUGAGAUUUUCCGAGAGUUGGAGAAAGAAGUGGAGUAUUUCACAGGUGCGCUGACCAGGGUGCAGGUGUUCGGGAAGUGGCACCCCGUGCCCAGGAAGCAGGCCACGUAUGGCGAUGCCGGGCUGACCUACACGUUUUCUGGACUUACUCUGUCUCCCAAGCCCUGGAUCCCAGUUCUGGAGCGAGUCCGGGAUCGUGUUUCUUUGGUGACUGGACAGACCUUCAACUUUGUGCUUGUCAACAGGUAUAAAGACGGUUGUGACCACAUUGGUGAGCACCGAGAUGAUGAAAGAGAACUAGCCCCAGGAAGCUCCAUCGCCUCGGUCUCCUUUGGGGCCUGCAGAGACUUCUUCUUCCGGCACAAGGAUUCUCGAGGGAAGAGCCCCUCCCGGAAGAUGGAGGCUGUCAGGCUUCAGCUGGCCCAUGGAAGUCUACUUAUGAUGAACCCCCCAACCAACACCCAUUGGUACCACAGUCUGCCCAUCCGAAAGAAGAUUCUGGCUCCGCGGGUCAACUUGACAUUUCGUAAAAUUUUGCCUAAUAAAAAGUAAAAACAUUUU